ACUUGCCGCUAUUGUCUAGAACUCUCUCUCUCUCUCUUUCAAAGACACUCCUCUCAAAGCACAUCUCUGAAGCCUAAAAACCAAGUUGGAUCUGAGCUUCUUUUCCUAAAAGAUUCUUCUCUCACGACUAAAAAUCAACACAGUCAUGUCUGUUUUACUUCCUCUAUGUCUGGUUCUCUCCAUGAUUACCUAUUCAAAUGCUGCGUAUUGUGUAUGCAAAGACGGGAACGAGCAAGUGCUUCAGAAAGCCAUAGAUUAUGCAUGUGGAGCAGGAGCUGACUGUUCUCAGAUCCAGCAGAACGGAGCUUGUUUCCAGCCUAACACCGUUAAAAACCACUGCGACGUCGCUGUCAACAGUUACUAUCAGAAGAAAGCUUCCUCCGGUGCCACCUGUGACUUUAACGGCGCUGCCGUUAUCUCUACCUCACCUCCCUCAACUGCUUCGAGCUGUUUAACUGGUUCCAGCUCUAGUGGGACCCCGUCCACUGGGACUCCUACCACAGGAACUCCAAGCACCGGGACUCCUAGCACAGGAACCCCAAGCACCGGGACACCAACUACAGGAACUCCAAGCACUGGGACGCCCACCAGUGGCUUCCCAUCCACCGGGACUCCGUCAACGGGGACACCCUCUUCAGGAAUGCCAACCACCGGGACUCCUUCCACUUCAACUGGCAUGCCAAAUUCCGGCACACCAGCAAACGGAAUGCCAACUUCGUCUUCAUCUUCAGUGUUCCCUGGCACUACUCUUGGACCGACCGGGAGCGGUGGAUUUGGCGAUCCAAACGCUGGAGAGAAGAUAUCAGCCCGAACUAACGCUCUGUUCUUACUAACUGGUGUAGCUAUUAUGCUUGUCGUUUAGAAGAACAUCACUGUUGAUUUGCGGGUUGCGCAAAUCAUCGGAAUAGAGCUGCUAUAUCUUCUUUUUUUUUUCUUUCACUCUUGUCUUUGUAGGGUUCGAACUUGGGUUUACUAUUAGGUUUGGCCGAGAGACAUCAUGCUGGGUUUAGUAUCUACCUUAGUAAUAUGGGAUGUACAACUUAAAAUCGACGUUAUUUUGUAAAUUCGGAGGAUGAGAUGCUGUUUUGUUUCUUUGAAUCUUUCUUUCAUCUUUUAGUACGUACCAUCAUGUCUCCAUUAUCAACAUGGUAUAUAAAUUGUGGUAACAAUGAUCAAAACAUGUGGCAUUUGGUCAUUGAUUUAUAACUCAAGAUUACCCUAAAUAAAAAUUAGUAGAGACGAUGUCUUGUAUUUGCUUUUGGACUUGGAAUAUUGUAAACGAACUUGUUAAACAAAAAGACAUGAGGG